AUGGCGACCACACCAAGGCCUCCCUUCCUCUGCCCUCCUCCUCCCCCUCCCUUCCUAUACCCCCGCCCCCUUCCCCCACCCCGCUGCUGGCCACGGCGGGCGAGGAGCUGGGUGACCGAAGCUGCAGCUGGCCGAGGGCCAGGGACCAGGUCAAGGAGGAGAAAGGUCAGCAAGUUCACGAGGACGCAGCGAGAUAACGUAGAUGAAGAGAAAGGUUUGCAGGUUAGGGAAGACACGGGAAAACAGGUCAAGGAGGCGAAAGAUACACGAGAUCGAAAGCCACUCUCUGGAGAAGGACGCCAGAUCUCAUGUCCAACCCUGUCGAUUAAAUCAUCCCUGGUCUUCCGCAACCAAGUCCAUGGUCUUCCCCCUCAGUCCCUGGUUCUCCCCCAGUCUGAGACGGCGAGCGGACAAGCCAUCCUCCCCUCCGCUCCUCCGCCGCCGCCCCCCCCGCCGCCUCCUCCUUCCCCCCCCCCUCCCCCAUCCGGCCCGCGAGCGUCCCCAAACAAAGGUCCGGUUGGUGGCGCGGGGGGGAGGGGGAGGGGGGGCGUCCCAACUUCCGGCGAGGCAGAUGCGUCAGGAAGAUACGUAGAAAAAAUACUAAUAAGUGGAACGUGUACAAAAAAAAACGGAAAAAAAACGAGAGAAAUAUGA